UUUGAUUUGAGUCAAAGCUCCAACAAAAGCCAAGUGGAACCCAACCAUUAUUGAUGUGACAAUCAUCCGUACAUUGCUGAGUAAGUAGGGUUAAUUACAGUGACCUCGCUCCUGAUUUUGUGGUCAUCUCAUGUCCUGGUGCAGAUUGCUCCUGGUGGCUCCUGUGGCUGGCAGCUGCUCACUGAGCCAUGAACGCAAUGGAGCCCGCGGACGAGGCGGAGAUUUGGGCCCCCAUCUUGGCCGACCCUCUUGAUUGGCCUGCAUCUUCUGUCACUGUUCCUCUUCCAAGUCAGGUGGAAGAAUAUUUUAGUUAUCUGUAUGGCGUUGACGACGUGGAAAUCAACAAAUUUGCACAAGAGCCUGAAGGGGAGCAGUGGCGCCGGCAAUACUUGGGAGACCUCACAGUGAAGGAAAAUUGGAGGCGUGGCCCACGAGGACCUCGCAAGAGGAGGAUAUUUCCUUCAGGAAGCGGAGGCAUAAAUUUUCACCGUCGGAAAAACAACGAACAUUGGACACAUGAAGAAGUGAAGAAGCUGGUUAAGGGUGUCGAGACAUAUGGUGUUGGGCGAUGGACUGUGAUGAAGAGUCACUACUUCUCAUCGUCAGUCCGAGACCCAACACAUCUCAAGGACAAAUGGAGGAAUCUUUUGAGAGCUUGCGGAGUCACGUGCACCUCCAAAAGGAAGGAAAAGGCACAAAAGACUAAGUUCCUGCCCCUAGAUACAAAAUUGAUCCAACAAGUCCAAGGGUUAGCUAUCGAUUCAGCUUUCACGUCCAAAAUGAAGAAAUACCAUGGGAAAGGAGCAAACCGGCUGGAAAUGACAACCAGAUGAUGGUUGAGUCAAUAAGUAAUUAAGUAUACAUGAGUUAAGUUAGCAACGUCUGAAUGUGUUAUUUCUUUUGAAGUUGGGAAGCAUAUGCAUAUAUUAUGUAAGAAGAGCAAGAGAAGCAUGUGCAACCGGCCUGGCCUUUGUCCCUGCAUAUAUACCGUAGGUAGAAAUUGUGUAUUGAAUAAUUUUGUGUGGACGGUGCUCUAGCAGAUUCCAAACUUCCUGCUUCAUUCUUAGUUUUCCUUCACCUUGUUGUAAAGGUUACACGAUCACCUUGUAAAUGAUUUCUUACUAAGAAAA